GCGUUUGGCGGGAGAGGUCAAACUCCUUGAAAUAGAGGCCACAAACCUCAUGUCGGAAGAGAGACAAGAAACUGUGCUGUAGAGCGAGAGAGCACUGGGGUAGUCUGCUAAAACCAGAUGGAUAUCUUAAGAGUGACUUAUGUAGCAACAUCCUGAGGAAAGCAGACAUUUUGAAAAAGAAGGGACGAAUGUGAAUUAACUGUUUGCAGGAAUAUUAACGGUGCGGCCAUUGCUGUGUUAAAUAUUUUUGUUGAUCAAAAGGCUUCUUCAGACAAUCUUGUAACUUCAUCUUGAACAUCAAAAUGGCAUUUAUGCAAUUCAUUUACAUUUUUCUUAUGACAGGUUCAUCGGUUCUGGCAGGCCCAUUACACAACGCUGCUACAAAUCGAGAGAGCAUCAGAACACAUAUCCAGACACAUUUCAACGUGGAAGGAAGCAUUCCCUGUUACCUGACAAUCAAAGGGAACUGUACACGAGACAUGAACAAAACGACAAUUAAUUUGAAAGGAGCUCGUCCGGUCGAAGUAAGAGGAGACAAUAUUGCUGCAUUGAGAGAAAGACCGAUGUACCCAGGGGAGCUGAAAAGUCCUUUGGGUUUCAUGAGACGGCAGUACAGUAGUAGUGACUCAAGCGAAGAGAGGGUUCCAACCAUGGCAGAUUAUGAUCAAUAUGAUCCAAGCUCAAACUUUGAGGGGGUCCCACAAGGCCCGGUAGUACCUGGUGGGGGAGGAGGUGGCGGUGGUGGUGUUGGAGGUUCAGGUGGAGGGAAUGCAGCUGCCGGUGGUGGUGGCGGCGGUGUUGGAGUUGGUGGUGGUAUAGAUGCCGGAGAAGCGGGUGAGGGUGGUGCAGGAGAAUCAGGUGGUUCCGGAACUGGUGGAGCUGGGGGAGGAACGGAAGGAGCGGGUGAAGGAGGAGGUGCUGCAGGUGGUGGGGGUGGAUCGGAUGUAGGAGGGGGAGUAGGAGGCACAGGUGGAGCAGGAGGAGGAGCAACAGGAGGUGGUUCCGGAGGGCCAGGAACUGGUCCUAGAUCUCGCCUACCAAAUAUCCCUAUUAUACCAGCAGUCAACUCCAAUCCUCGUGUGAACUACCCGAACCGACAAUUCCCCGUAAGACCAGCCCAACCUCAACCGCCUCCAAGAGCUGGUACUGGUGGUGGGGCAGGUCCCCAUGUUCCUCUGAUUCCCCAAACAAUAGGACCAGUUAUCAAUCACUCCAAUCAGAAAAAGAAACCAUCUUCCAUGACUGCCGCUCUUACAGCAACCUUUGUUUCUGUAAGUAUAGCAGUAGGAGCUGCUGCAGCUGCAAUCGUAGGAUAUCGAAAAUGGAGACGUCAACAUCUACAAACAUCAGCAAAUUAUCAGACGAUGUCUCAAAGGGCAGUUGUGAAUGCAUAACAAAUGCUCAAUUAUAAAGACAAUGAAUACAUAUAACUGACUAAUAUGAUUUGUAAA